UGUUUCAAAAAACAAAGAAAUCUAUAUCGAUCUUCUACUAUGUGUGGCAUUAAAUGCACUUACUUUUUAGUGAACAUUUUGACGUACAAUAUAAUGACAUUGUUUUAGUGAUGAAGGAUAUAAUUGUGUUACUUUCAGUAGUUGUAUUAUGCGACGGUGCUGCACAGACAUGUACGAACAAUCUGAAGUGGCCGAGUGAAGCAAGUUCCGGUACCUUCUCGGGAUAUACCAGUUAUGAUGCAGAAUUAGACAGCGGAUAUCUAAUGGAGGCUGUUGAGUACCAUACACCUGACGACUGCACGUGCGGGCUACUUUAUAAAUGGAUAUUCCAUCCUCAGGCUCCUGGGCCAAUAGAGUUCCAAGUCUGGGAACAUCUAGACCAUCAAAGUUAUAAACUGAAAGGCGAAAAUUAUUUCACUGUACCUACGGCAGCAGUUGGUGAAACCAUAGAGUUUCUCGUGCCUGAGAGGGACAGGAUAACCAUUCGGAACAAUUACCUUAUCGGCUGGUAUGGAGCGGCAAGUGGUAUCAUAGGAUAUAAAGAAGAUGACGAGGCGUACUCAGACGAAGCGAGAAGAGAGCCAAACAUGGGUAAUCUUGACCCAUCACACGAGCCCACAUUUGACUGGAGUUCCGGAUCCUCUGUGGUCCACGCAGACAGGAUAUAUGCCAUCAGAGCCGAAUCUUAUUCAAACACAGCUCCUGAAUUUACAAACUUACCACGAGAAGUAUGGAUAUAUGGGGACGCGACUGCUGGAGCUUACAUUUAUCAAGUAGCAGCAGACGACAUUGAUCCGAAAGAUGUCUCAACAUUGUUCGUCUACGAUAUUGCUGAAGACUCCACAAGUAAUUUUUACUACGACAGAGCGUCAAAAAUCGUUUACCUCGCUGUGUCUAGACCAGCUAUUGGCACGUACAGUAUGACCUUUGAGGUUCAAGACCAAUGUUUGAAUACAAACCAAGCAACACUCACCAUCAUAGUCAAGAACUGGGCUCCAAGUUUGACAAAUUUACCAUCGUUUGCAUCAAUUUCGGAAUCAACGACCAACGAGGUGGCGCUGUUCACAAUUCAGUUUACUGACAAAGAUAAUACUACACUUGAUGAAAAGUACGCACUGAACGUAUCUCCUACGAAUUCAGAUAUUUCUAUCAAAUAUGUCGGACAUGACAAAACGAACAGAUCCGUGGUAUCUGCUAGGAGUACCAGCUAUGAUUAUACAAUAGCACAGCAGUAUAUAAUAGACAUUACACUGGAGGACGGUGAAUUCGAUACAGACAAGGGAUACUUCAUGUUGUACAUAACGAAGAACGAUCCUCCAAAAUUUACAAACUUAGAAAACGGCGCUCAGGCCAACAUAUCGUAUGUUACAACAGCAGCAGGUGAUACCGUUUACGCAGUGUCUGUAACGGACGCAGAAAAUGAUGCCCUUACAUUCACCAUGACUUGUGAUCCAGUAGGAUGUCCGCUAGAAAUAGAUGGAGAUAAUGGAGUUAUAUCUGCGAACCAGGAUUUUGUUGGAAACAUCUAUGGCACUGGAUGGGACCUUUCAAUAACAGUUUCUGAUGGCGUUACUACCACUGUCGCAAGGUCAUUGUCAGUCAUUGUCCAUGAUAUAAAUGACGUCCCACAGAUAGUAAAUCUGGGUCUGUCGGACGCUAUAGCGGUACAUGAGGGUACAGCGCUUGGAACCGUCGUAUAUACCGUAUCCUACAUCGACCUUGAUACCGCUGACACACAUACCUUUCACGCAACAUACAACCCGACAUUGGCUGCCAACUACUUCGAAAUGAACAUUACAUCUGGAACACUUACUACCGCGAAUAAUGUCUUGGAUUACGAAGAGUUAGACCCUAACUGGUCAAUUGUGGUGACGGUCACUGUAAGCGAUGGUAUCGACAGGGCAACAGGAACGUUAACCAUCUUAAUCCGGAACGUAAACGAGGCGCCGUACUUCCACCAGACAAAAUAUACCCUAGAACCACCAGAGGAAGGAACUUUCGGAGCUUCUGCUGGAGACUGGCGACCCGGGCUUAGUGACCCGGACCUGGAUAUAGACUCACCUUUAGACACUCAUGCUUACACGUGGGAUUGUGGAAUUUACACUCGAUACUUUCGCAUGGCCCGGGUGGGUGGUGCGGUAACAUACGCCACGAAGUUCGAUUAUGAUUCGGUCAGCUUCACCGCUCCAUAUGAUUGUGUUGUUACAGUAACUGACAAAGCUGGGUUAUCUGCGACAACAACUCUCGAGAUCGAUAUACAUGAUGUGAAUGACAACACUCCCGUUUUUGUAACUACGACAGAUAAUUAUAUUUUCCAAACACCUUCCCUGGAUCCGGGCAGAUUAGUUGGUCAAGUCACUGCCACUGACAAGGACAGGUCCACAGAAAACAACCGUAUAUAUUACAGUUUCCAUACGACACCAUUCACAAAGAAUUUUCUGUUGAUUAACGAUUACGGUAAUAUUUAUGUGAACGAGACAUGGGUAGCUCCACAGUUUAAUUACGGGAUAUCUUAUGUACUAAUUGUGAAGGCAGAGAACGUUAAAGAUGAGGAUGGCACUGUGAGGUCAGCUACCGCUACAGUCACUCUGUUUCUCUCUGGGACUACAACCCCGGAGGUUAUUACUACAGACCGUCCCUUUAAGUUUGUGGAGGACAACAGAAAUAUAGCAUGGCUGGCAGUGGCGCUUACUUUUGGUGGUGUCUUGCUUGUUAUUGUUUGUGGGUUCAUGAUGAUGUACACCAUACAGAUAAAGAGAUAUCGGUGGUGUAUCCCCUGGUGCAGGAAGCACCUGCUGGGAUUGAAGAAGAUGACACGCAGAGAGAAAAGGCGUUACUAUCGUGGCUUACUGAUGCAAGCAGAGCUAGACGAGACGGAUGACGACUCUAAUGAAGAACAUGCGGAAACCGCCCUACAACCAGACCACGGGGACUCGGACGACGAGACCGCGGCACCACCCAUGUUGUGGGACAGAUUGAAAGCCAGGGGCGAUCCUAUAACACGUGGUCCUACAGUAAGGAAGCCAGGUGUCCCCCGAGCAGCGGUGUAUGACGAGCCGAAGCCUCAACUAAAGAAAAAUGCUUCUGAAAUGUUGAAGGCAUCCAAGUCGAAUUUCUGGACUUGAAAGGACGACAGCGAUGAAUGCAAACAUAGACAAAAAACUUUUGACAUAAAUUGCUUUGCUCUGAUCAACAUAUAAUUCUUUUAAAAACAUUUGUAAUUUACAAAUGAGAUGGAAAUUCCUGUAUAAUUACGGGAAAAUAUUUUUGUCUUUAUUGUUUAUGUUAUAUCUUCAAAUAAAAUGUCAGUCGAGAUAUAUUAUUGAUA